UUUCAUGAGGUGGCAUAGGCUUCUUUCUCUAAAGUUUAGGGUAGGGGACGUGGAUGACAAGGGUAGGUCGACUAGCGGCGGAAGCACGUGAGUGGUGUCGAUGAUGAUGUUGGAGAGACUAAAUUGUUGAUUGGGAAGUUGGAUUUGGAAGACGAUUGCUCUGGAACGGAUCACUCUACAGACAAGUCAUUGAGCAGCGAAAGUCAUACACAUAAUCAUUCGACCGGAUCACCCCGCUAUACCGUCAAGUUGCACCAAAAUCACCUGCAGACAGGGAACCGAAAAGUCCGGCCUCAGCGACACAGCUAGCUACCCUAACGACCAGCUCCUCCUCUCCAAACACAUACACCAUGGGUUUAUUCUCCAGCUCCGCAGACAAGCUGCCCGCCCCCAAAAUCUCGACCGACGGCACACCAAUCGCGCCCGACCGGUCCGCGCGCGCGAAGUGCUGGGAGGCGAGGGACGCAUACUUCCAGUGCCUGGAUAAAAACACCAUUAUCGACAGCUUGACGAAUAAGGAUGCCGCGGAGAAGGCGUGUGGUGCGGAGAAUAAGGGGUUUGAGAAGAAUUGCGCGAGUAGCUGGGUUACAUAUUUCAAGAAGCGAAGAGUGAUGGAAUACCAGCGUGACCAGCAAAUGAAGAAGCUCCGGGCAGAAGGCGCGCAGGAAAUCCCAGCAGGAGCCGUCCCACCAGGAAUCGGCUCGAUACCAACUGCGGGACCCAGGUGAAUAACCCUACAGCGAAAGGAGAAGUCGUGAGAAUUUAAGAUAAAAUGUAUGAUAUGUAAAAAUACGGUCAACAGCAAGGCAGAAGGGGGCACAUUGCACGAAUAU